AUGAAGAGCGUUUUAAGAGUCAGAUUGCUGCCUCGUCGGCUAAUCUGGAAUGCGCAAUCGCGGCCCAUGAGAUACGCCGGGCCGCUUGUUUUCCACGGGAUAAGAGGUGCGUGCAGAGAAUUCCACAGUAGCAGGCCCACACAGCUGGAGGAUCCGUACAAGACGUUGGGAGUCAGUCAGAGCGCCUCUGCCUCGGACAUCAAAAAGGCAUACUACAAGCUUGCAAAGAAGUACCAUCCGGAUGUCAACAAGGAGGAAGGUGCAGAAAAGAAGUUCCACCAGUUGCAAGAGGCAUAUGACAUACUGAGCGAUCCGCAGAAAAAACAGCAGUACGACCAGUUUGGAGCCGCGGCGUUUGAUCCAAAUGCUGGCGGCGGGGCCAGCGGUUUUGGCGGAGCGCACGGCGGCAACCCAUUUGCCGGUUUCCAGGGCGGGUUCCAAGGUGGCAAUCCAUUUGAAGGGUUUGGGUUCAAUUUCGAGGAUUUGUUUGGAGGCAUGGGUGGGGGCAGACAACGUGGGGUCCAGCAUUUCCAGGGAGAGGAUGUGGAGGUGUUGAAGACGAUUUCGUUCCGCGAGGCCAUUUUCGGAACCCGUGCCUCGAUCGACUACAGAGCGGUGUGUCAGUGCGACGCCUGUUCCGGCUCGGGCCUGAAGCGGAACCGCAAGAAGAGCACGUGCAGAAGCUGUGACGGAACAGGCUCGCAGGUGUACCAGUUGCAAGCAGGCUUCCAGAUGGCGUCCACGUGCAAGGCCUGUGGAGGCAGCGGAGUAUUUAUUAACCCCUCGGACGCAUGUUCGAGCUGUCACGGCGAGGGAGUUGUGGACCAGCACAGACAGACAGAGGUGAACCUGCCAAAGGGUAUCAAGGACGGGUCGAGGAUCCGUGUGAGCGGCGCCGGCAACGCUCCUCAUACUACGACGUCGAAGGGCACUGUUUUGAGCAACGGUGACCUGAUUAUCAGAAUCAAGGUCGCUCCAGACCCAGAGUUUGUGAGGGACGGCGUGAACGUGGUUUACAACUGCAAGAUUGCAAUGACGACGGCGGCUCUGGGAGGAACCGUGGAGAUACCAACACUGGAGGGCCAGAAGGUGAAGAUCAAGAUCCCUGCUGGGUCGGAGCACGGCAAGGUGAUCACGAUUCCUGAACGCGGUGUUCCGUACGCGGGCAACAGAAGAGGCGACCUGCGGGUGGUGCUGAACGUUGUUCCGCUGAAACCGCAGAACGCUACGCAGACGGCGCUGCUGGAGGCCCUGGCGGACGCGUUCGGCGACAACACGGCGAACAGAAUGGACCCGAGCUGGAAGCCGCUGGAGAGCGUCGACAGGGAGUCGUCGGCGGGUGCGAACUGCGAGCAUCCGUCGAACCUCAGGCGGAUCGAGUCCUUCCUGAGCAAUGCGUUCAGGAAGAUCCUGAACAAAGACGAUAAAUAA